AUGUCAAUCGCUUCAAAGUUAAGAAACUUCGUAUUAUCAUGCCAUUGUGGAAAGGUCAGAUUGACAUGUGAUAUGGAAUCUGAUCUUAGUCAGAGUGGCCGUUGCAACUGUUCAAGUUGUUUCAAGACUAGGAUGUGGGUACAUCCUGUUUCCAACAUCAACUCACUCAAGUUGACCACGCCAGAGUCCAACCUGGCCGUAUACCACUAUGGCGCCAAGUGCACUGGACACUAUUUCUGCAAGUCGUGUGGCACCCAGAUGUAUAUGCGUGGCGAGUAUCCAGGAUCACCAGCAUUCGCCUAUGUCAGCAUCAACUGUAUUGAAGGAUUGACCCAACAGGAGUUCUCGGCAAUCCCCUUUGCCUUUGCCAAUGGUCUCGAGGACAACUCCAACGAGUCUCCCAAGUUCACCAACCAUCUCUAA